UUCCCCACCACUCCUCCUACCUCCCAGCGAAACACCACCACACCCGUCCCCGGCGAAGGAGCAGCGGCAUCCAUGGCCCCCAAGGCGGAGAAGAAGCCGGUGGCGGAGAAGGCCGAGAAGACCACGGCGGCGAAGAAGACCAAGGCCGAGAAGAGGCCGCCGGCGUCCAAGGAGGGCGGCGCUGACAAGAAGGGGAAGAAGAAGUCCAAGAAGAGCGUGGAGACGUACAAGAUCUACAUCUUCAAGGUGCUGAAGCAGGUGCACCCGGACAUCGGCAUCUCCUCCAAGGCCAUGUCCAUCAUGAACUCCUUCAUCAACGACAUCUUCGAGAAGCUCGCCGGCGAGUCCGCCAAGCUCGCCCGCUACAGCAAGAAGCCCACCAUCACGUCCCGGGAGGUGCAGACCUCCGUCCGCCUCGUCCUCCCUGGUGAGCUCGCCAAGCACGCCGUCUCCGAGGGCACCAAGGCCGUCACCAAGUUCACCUCCGCAUAGAUGGGCUGCUCCCUGCCAUGUUGGAUGAUGAUGCUGUUUGUACUCUGUCAUCUUGUAAGUUAACUGUUUCAUGAACUGAAGAAAUAGUAACAGUGCUGAUUUAUUCUGUCUCUGAA